AUGGAGUGUUGUGUGCACUCCCCUUGCGGCCGUUACAUUGUCAGGUACAAGUGUGAUGCAGAGUCUAUGUGCAUAGAUGUGGUGCCAAAGGUGUCUGCCUUUGAGCCGUCCCCAAGUAUUCACUACGUUGCCUUGUUGCGGGAUAGUCACGUUGUGGAAAUCACAACAGCGGCAGGCGUGCGAAAGGAGUUCUCUGGAUUUGCCGAUAUGACAUAUAACGCCUUGAUUGGUCGUUCCCCGUGUGUCAGAUUCUUUAUUGAAACCUGUGAAGAGAUGAGGAGUCGUAUAACAGCAGAAGUGGCGCAGCGUGGCCGUGGCCUUUCUGACAGUUACAAUGAUGACAGCGAAACCAGUCAGCUUUCUGAAUCAUCUCGCACACAACGUUUUUUUACUUUAGACUACGACGUGGAUUUUACGCGGGCCGUAUUCCCCGUACCUCUUGUGCACAUGAAAGCAGAAGGGGAUACAGCAACAACACCGUUGACUGCAGAAAAUGGUGGGAACUCGCGGCACACAACUGGUGCCCAUUAUCAUCAUCAUCAUCGUCCUAGUCAAGAUCAACCCCAUUUACAUGCACAGAAGGUAAUGCUAGUGGAAGGUGGAACAAUAAAGAAAGAGCCGGGAUGUGACAGCGGCAAGGAUGACGAGAACAACAGUAACAACAACUGUAGCAGUGACGACAGCAAAACCGUUAUCGCGAGACUUCAGGCGGAGAAUGAGAAACUCAAACGUGAAAACGAGGCACUAACACGUUUAAGUCGAGAGAAGAUGUUGGAGAUGCAGCGACUCUGCGAGGACUUUCAGCAACGUGUGGAAGGAGCGCGUGAUGCGGAACGUCUGCAGAAGAAAUUGACGGCUCUACGCGUGCGAUUAAGACAAGCGGAAGAGGAACGCGACGAGGCACACGCAGCUUUUGCACGAUUGAAACAGCGAACGUUACGUUCAUCUCCGCAAUGUGAAAGUAGUCGCCGUAGCGUCAGAACGCAGCGCCGAUCUCGCUUCGACACCCCCUCACCUUCACACCACCACCGCCGUCAACGGGAGCGAGAACAUGAAGAACCGAAACAACAACGACAACAGCAACCACAACCACCACAAAGUAAUCGUCGUUCGGUCUCGCGUCGACUGGGCGAUUCACCAGCACCGCGAGGACGCACCGGUGGGCGGCCGGAGUUGCGUGUGACGUCACGCGGUCGUUCUGCAAGCGGCAGCGGCAUUGGAGGCGUUGCGAAGAAACGACUGUGGGCGGAUGGGAACAGCAGCCGCUGCAGUAGCGUUGCAGGAUCACGCUGCAGCUCACGCAAUAGCUGCGAAAGACUGUACCGUACUCCCACUGUUAGUAGUCGUCAGCAUGAGCGUAACACACCGCUUUACGUGCCUCGACACGCUGUGUUUAGAUAG